GCCGGCAUGUGACAUCCACCUGACUUUCUCUCUCUAGCUUCAUCUUUCUCUCUAUUUCUCUCUGUUUUCUCUCCCAUUCCCUCUCUUUUUUUUUUUCUCAACAAUGUCCGGAGCUUCUUCAAGGUCGCAAAGAUCCUCCACCAACAUCUCGCCCUUCCGGUCACGGAAGUCGCCGGCGCCUCCUUCGGCCCCGCCUAAGUCCAAUGGCCGGCCGACGACCCCCUCGACGGCGUCUUCAAGGCCCCCCUCCAGGUUAUCGGUUUCUCCGGUGGGUCCGUCACAACCGUCUCUGGACCGGCCCGAAGUCAGUAGAGCCAAAGAAAAUGUGACGGUCACUGUCAGGUUUCGUCCUCUCAGUCCUCGGGAGAUCAACAAAGGUGAUGAGAUUGCGUGGUAUGCGGAUGGAGACUAUACUGUUCGAAACGAGUACAAUUCCUCCACCGCGUAUGGUUUUGACAGAGUGUUUGGUCCAGCAACGACAACACGCCAUGUUUAUGAUGUUGCUGCUCAGCAUGUUGUGGGUGGAGCCAUGAAAGGGAUCAAUGGUACUGUAUUUGCUUAUGGUGUUACUAGCAGUGGGAAAACACACACAAUGCAUGGGGAGCAAAAAUCACCUGGAAUUAUUCCAUUGGCAGUGAAGGACGUAUUUGGAAUUAUACAAGAGACACCUGGGCGGGAGUUUCUUCUUCGUGUUUCUUAUUUAGAAAUUUACAAUGAGGUCAUCAAUGAUUUGCUCGAUCCAACAGGGCAGAACUUAAGAAUACGAGAGGAUAGUCAGGGAACUUAUGUUGAGGGAAUCAAAGAGGAAGUUGUUCUAUCCCCUGCUCAUGCUCUUUCCUUAAUAGCAGCUGGUGAAGAGCAUAGGCAUGUGGGUUCUAAUAAUUUCAAUUUAUUUAGCAGUCGCAGCCACACUAUUUUCACCUUGACCAUUGAAAGCAGUCCUCAUGGGGAAAUUGAAGGAGAAGAAGAUGUGACCUUGUCCCAGUUGAAUUUAAUUGAUCUUGCGGGAUCUGAAAGUUCUAAAACUGAAACUACUGGAUUGCGGAGAAAAGAGGGUUCAUACAUUAAUAAAAGCUUACUUACUCUUGGCACUGUGAUUUCCAAACUAACGGAUGACAAGGCAACUCAUAUUCCCUAUCGAGAUUCAAAACUCACCCGUUUGUUGCAGUCAUCCCUAAGUGGCCAUGGACGUGUUUCUCUUAUUUGCACUGUAACACCUGCAUCUAGCAAUACUGAAGAGACACACAAUACACUAAAGUUUGCGCAUCGAAGCAAGCGUGUUGAAAUCAAGGCUUCUCAAAAUAAGAUUAUGGAUGAGAAGUCUCUCAUAAAAAAGUACCAAAAGGAAAUUUCCAGUUUAAAACAAGAGCUUCAGCAGUUAAAACGUGGAAUGAUGGAGAACCCAUAUAUGAUGACUGGGUCUACCCAAGAAGAUUUGGUUAACUUGAAGCUUCAGUUGGAAGCUGGUCAGGUUAAAUUACAAUCAAGAUUGGAGGAGGAGGAACAAGCCAAGGCUGCUUUGAUGGGAAGAAUUCAGCGUUUAACUAAACUUAUCUUGGUUUCUACAAAAAAUAGUAUGCCAUCAAGCCUUCCUGAUACGGCUGGCCAUAGGCGAAGGCAUUCUUUUGGAGAAGAUGAGCUAGCAUACUUGCCUGAUAGAAAAAGGGAAUACAUGAUUGGUGAUGAUACUGGAAGCUUUGAUUCUGAGCUUUUGGAAGGAAGGAGUGACAUCACUUAUCUAGAUGAUUUGGUUAAAGACUACAAAAGGAACAGGAGGCGUGGAAUGCUUGGAUGGUUUAAACUGAAAAAACCUGAGAACCAGGGUGGAUUUUCGCCAAAUGCUGAUACUGAGAGCUCGACAAGUGCGUCACCUUCAUCCAGUUCAAAGUCAUUGCAAAACAGAGUCAUGUUUAAUGAUAAAAAAGAUGCACGGAGAAAAUCAACCAGUAGAAGGGGUGAUGAUUCUUCGGUUGUCAACUCAUUUUCAGAAAGGACCCAAGCAGGUGACUUGUUCUGUGCUGCCGUUGGAGGCCGGCGUCUGCCUUCGACUGGUAGCACCAUCACAGAUCAAAUGGAUCUUUUGCGUGAGCAGAUGAAGAUGUUAGCUGGUGAAGUGGCAUUGUGUACUAGUUCUCUGAAAAGGCUAUCAGAGCAAGCAGCAAGCAAUCCUGAAGAUUCUCAACUUAAGGAACACAUGCAGAAAUUGAAAGAUGAAAUUAGUGAAAAGAAACUUCAAAUGCGUGUACUGGAGCAACGUAUGAUUGGAUCAGUUGAAAUGACUCCACAUACAAAUACCAUUGAAAUGUCUCAGGCACUGUCCAAGCUCACUACUCAGCUAAAUGAGAAAACUUUUGAACUUGAGAUUACAUCAGCAGACAAUAGGAUACUUCAGGAGCAACUACAGAUGAAGAUGUCAGAGAAUGCUGAGAUGCAAGAAACAAUUCUUCUGCUAAGGCAACAACUUAAUUCAUUAUUAGAUAAAAGCUCUAGCAGUCCACAACAAAUUCCUGACAAUGGGGCUAGCACACUAAAGAAAUUUUCUAAGGAGUUAUUUGAAAAGAAAAAUGAAGGAAAAGAAGAUACUUAUAUUGAUGAAAAUACACCAACUAGUGUUAUGAGCUUGAAUAGAAUAUUCUCUCAAGAGGAUUCCAAAGAGUGCAAUGGUGACACCUUUUUAAGCUCCCAAGUUCUUAUGCAGGCCUCUGAAAUAGAGAAUUUGAAGCAAGAGAAAGUAAGACUGAUUGAAGAAAAGGAUGGGCUUGAAAUUCACAGCCGAAAACUGGCAGAAGAAGCUUCAUACGCAAAAGAGUUGGCAGCUGCUGCAGCAGUUGAGCUCCGAAACUUGGCUGAAGAAGUAACUAAACUUUCUUACCAAAAUGCAAAAUUGACUGGUGACCUGGCUAGUGCAAAAGAGGCCCCUUGUAGAUCUAACUGUUGUCAGAGGCCUGGGUCAUUUGAUGUGAGGCAAAGUAACAGCAAUGGUGCUCGGCUGGAUGCACGCUUGAGAAAACCAGGGGAUGGCAUGUUGGUUGAGGAGUUGCAGAAAGAACUUAAUGCAAGAUACCAAAGAGAAUCUUCUCUGGAAACUGCAUUAUUUGAGAGAGAUCAAAUUGAAGGUGAGUUACGAGGAAGGCUUGAUGAAGCAAAACAGCGUGAAGAAGAUUUAGAAAAUGAGCUUGCAAAUAUGUGGAUGCUAGUUGCAAAGAUGAGAAAAUCUGGUACUACUUCUGAGGAAACAUCAUCUGAAGGAGUUCAUGAAUCCAACAUUUUGCAAAGUAGAGUGAGAAAUGGAUUUCCACCAAUUAAUGGUCACUCAAACAAAAUAUUUGAUGAAAUUUGUGAAAACAUGGAUGAGAUAAGUACAUCUGAAGAAUUAAGGACCAGUUAUCUGAAAGAAAAGAGAAGGUGCAAAGAACUAGAAAGCCUUGUUUCCAGAUUGAAGGGUGAAGAUAUUAUUGGACUGGAUAUCACAGCUCUUGAAGAAUUGCAGAACCUUCAUGUUCAGGCUAUAACUAAGAUUUGCCAUGCAAAGUGUGCAAAUCACGUCUUAUAGCCUGCCAAGAUUAAUCCAUCAUUCAAAUUUCCAGUGCUUGGAGUUCAUGACCUCUAAGCUUGCAGGUGAAAUGUGUUAUUGUACAGUCAUCAAACCGAAACCAUAUUCGUUCAUUUAGGAGCUAUGGCCAUGAAGAUGCAGACUUCAUCGCUUAAAUUUGCAUAGCCUAACAUGCAGCAGCAAUGAAUCAAGAAUAGCCUUACACAUGAAUUUCUUUUGUAACAAAACUUUUUGUUGUCUCCUUGUUUAUGUUAUUAUUACAUUUUCCUACCUUGUACCUUGUAAAACAGAUGAAAAAAAAAAGACUUCCUAACCUAGUAUGCAGCACAAGUGUAUUGUUCGCACCAUCUAUUAUCUACUAGCAUGAAACUACUUUUGUUGA